GGAGUGGGCGGGUCCUACCAUGUGAUCUCCGUGGACCAAUAAGAAACGCGUGUGUCAGCACGAGGCUAUCACCAUAGAAACUGGCUGCUGAAAAACUACAACAAACCGUCGAUGGAGGCGCCUUUUACAGGAUUGGCUAUGAAGAUUUGAGAUCCUCUCAGUCUACCCGACAGAAUGGACAUACAGAAUACACCGCGUUAAUAAAACUUAGUUGUGGAUACUGAAAUGGAAGCAUAUGAGCGAAUCCAUGAGCUUGGACGAGGAGGAGCGGCUGUCGUCCUGCUGAUGAGACACAAAGAAACAAACAAGCUCUGUGCUGUGAAGAAAAUCAGAGUGGACAGAUCUUCAAAUAUCAAAUCCAGACACAAUGAACUGCAAGAGGCUGAGAUUCUGAGGAAACUGAAACACCCUCAUAUUGUGACAUGGAGCGACACGUUUCACGAUCCACUAAAAAAGCACUUGUACAUUGCUAUGGAGUUCUGUGCUGGUGGGACCCUGGAUGCCCAGAUUCAAAGUAGGAAGGAAGAAGACUAUUUCUCUGAGCCCAUGGUGAUGAAAUGGUUUGUGCAAAUUGUGAUGGCGGUCAGUUAUAUUCAUUCUGUAAGGAUUUUGCACAGAGAUAUUAAACCCUCCAAUGUACUGCUGACACAAAAGGGGGUGAUUAAGUUGGGAGAUUUUGGAAUAUCAAAGAUCAUAAUCAACACACUAGACAUGGCGUCCUCAUUAGUAGGGACCCCCAGCUACCUCAGCCCUGAGCUGUGCCAGGACAUUCCAUACAGCACCAAAUCUGACAUAUGGGCCCUUGGCUGUCUGCUGUAUGAGCUUUGUGCACUUAAACCAGCUUUUACUGCUAAUAAUAUUCUGAGCUUGUUUUGUAAGAUCACAAAGGGUAAAUACAGCCAGGUACCAGCCAGCUACUCGAAUAACCUUCACACACUGACUGAGAAGAUGUUGUGUUUGCUUCCUGAGAACCGGCCGUCUUCUACUUCCAUCCUGGCCAUGCCUUAUGUGCAGGAACAUCUGGAACUGCUUUAUUUGCAGCAGGAGGCAGAGUUGAGUAAAGGUAAUGAUGAUCCUGUUCCUUCCUUGAAUGAAGAAGGUAUGUUAACCUGGAACAGUACUGUUCAUUUUGAUGUGGAUGAUCUGAUUGAAUCUGAGAACAUGGAAGAAAAUUAUAACGCACACAUGAACAAGAGUAUAGACGAUGAUAUGACAUAUUCGGGGACUAAGUCUGAAUAUUCAGAAGAUUUUGAUGAAAGAGACAAAAUGCUGUCCGAUGAAGACAUUUCAAAGAGCAGUUCCUCUUCCUCAAGUUUAGAGAAUGGAAGAGUUACAGAAGAGCUGCAUGCAAUUCCCCCUGAAGAUCUGGAUGAUACUGAGUACUCAGAUGACUUUGAGGACGAUGAGGAAUCGGGUGAGGAUAGCUCUGCCUUGCAGACUCUUUCCGGAGAUGAUUCUCUCGACAGCAUCAGUCUAUCAGUCACUGUGAGAACUCUGAGACAGAAGUACAUUGAUGAUGUUGGCCCUUUACUUUAUGAGAAGAUCAGUGAACAUUUUGUGAAUGACAUGAAACUAGAAGACCAUCAUCUACAGUUCAAGCACAUUGUAGGGUCCGAUCACCUGGAGACCUGCUAUCUCAUGUUCAACACUGAACAAGAAUCCACCUGUUGAACAGGCCGCUCUAAAAAACAAUCAUUAUUAAUUUAUUACACUUUUUUUUAAUUACACUGCAACACAAACAAAUAUUUACUCUGGUUCAAUUAAAAAGUAAAAGGA